UACUGUAUUGUUUGCGCCUAUGCAUUCCCAUGUGCACCGCCAAAAUGGUUUCGUUUCUAUAGGUUCUUCCGGGGAAAACCAUAGUCACUUGUGAUUUGGGUGUGGUUUCGCUUGAGAAGCCACUGGACAGUCACCAAAUCUGAAGGCAGAGGCAGAGGGGACGCAUAUAUUAUCUAUUCGUACUCCUUAACCGCGUCUUUGUCUAGUCGAUGGUACUUUAGAGCACGUCCAAUAUGCUGGAAAGGUUUUAUGGACUUGUUUAUCUUUCAGCAGUUUUACUGUUUGUGACUCGCACAGGUACACAAGCUAAAUGUCCUGUUCAGUUCAGCCAGAAGAGUGUUGUUGUGGAGUACGGCGGUUCUGUUGCAGUUAACUGUACCGCUUCUGUCCCGCAUUAUGGGAUGGGAUGGGAAGCCAGUGAGGGAGGAGUGGACAAGACCAGUGCCAUUGUGGUCACAUGGAGAGUGUCAGAUCUGAGAGAAUGGGACAUAAAGCCAUUCUGCUACAUAAACUAUGACAUAACCCAUGAUACACCGUGUGAAGAAGAGCUCCCAGUCACUGUUUACAAGACUCCAGACAGUGUGACCAUCGGCAUUGUGAAUCACAGAGGACCAAUGAAGGAGGGAAAGCAGUAUGAGCUCCAGUGUGAUGUUCAAGAUGUGGCUCCUGUUCAGAAUCUCACUGUCAAAUGGUACAAAGGACAAACUCUGCUGGAUCAAACCACUUUCACUGACACCAGCAUAACUCCAGUGAAUGAAGUCGCCAAACUCCUGAUCACUGCAGACAGAGCUGAUGAUGGAGCUCAAUACAGGUGUAAAGCAGAGCUGAAUCUGGGAGCAGAAGGACCUCAACCUCCUCCUACAAAAACAUCCAAACCUCUCAAUGCUGAAGUAAACUAUAAACCAAAACACUCCAAUUCAACAGAGACCAUUGUUAAAAACAAUGAGGUCACACUAGACUGUACAGUGAAGGCAAAGCCGGCUCCUACGUACACAUGGCACUCAGAGCAUCUGAAAGAGAAGAUCAACUCCCCAGUGCUCCUGUCCUCCAAACUCAGUCCAGGGAACUACACGUGCACUGCCACAAACUCUCAGGGAAGCGACAGAAAGGUGUUCAUUGUCCAACAAAAAGAUAGAACCACUUUCUGGGCUAUUGUUAUAUCCGGUGUGGUGGUGGCAGUGGCGUUAAUCGUAACUUAUCUGAUAUACAAGUUUAAGUGUUCCAAGAACUCUAUCAUUUGAUGGACUAGAGAUGAUCUCAAAGCAGGACCUUCUCCUCAGGGAGAUCUUAAAAAACUUGAUUAUUAUAUGUUAUUCUUUAAAGGAAUAGUUUAACCAAAAAUGAAAAUUGGCUGAAAAUGUACUCACCCUCAGGCCAUCCAAGAUGUAGAUGGAUCCUCUAUAGUGAAUAGGUGCCGAGUCCAAACAGCUGAUAAAAACAUCACAAUAAUCCACAACUAAACCACACAACUCCAGGCCAUCAGUUAAAGUCUUGUGAAGUGCAAAGAUGCAUCUUUAAGGAUUUUUAACUUAAAACCAUCGAUCUGGCCAAAACAAGAGUCCAUUGUCUAUAACAACAUUUCCUUCAUUGAAAAAUCUGUCUGUUGUUGUCCUCUCACAUCAAAAACCACAGACAUUUGUUUAGCUUUUUGGACUGUUUUCACUUGCAAAGCAGAUUUUUAUUAUUGGGCGAACUAUUCCUUUAAUGAACCUAUGUGAUUUUGCAUGUAUUUGGGGUGUUGCAGUACUGGGAAUUGUUACAGAACUUUUUUUUUUAAUUAAAUCAGCAUAUUCAGAUUCAAAUUAGAUUUAUUUUUAUAUGUGUUCACUAAUUAUUCUAAUCCUGGUAGGACAAAAUCAUAUCUCAUAUUUGUCAUUAAAUAUAACUAGAAAUCCUAUUACUGUACAACACUACAUUAUUUUUCCUUCACAAAUAGUCAUAUUUUAAGUCUUAAAAGCCAUUCUUCUUAAGACCAUAAAUAUUACUUUUGUUGUAUUAGGUACUGGGUAUGUACUGUAAUAUGCCAUCCAUUUCUGUAAUAAUAAUAAUAAUAAUAAUAAUAAUAAUAAUAAUGUUUAAGUAGUUAAAAUGUCUUUUUUGUUGACAAAUUGUAUUGUUCUGUGUGUACAUUUUCACCCAUUAACUGUUUUAUCUAUCCAUCAUAGUUUUAUAGCUAAAGUAAAUUUGUAUUAUACACCACCGCAUUAUUUUUAAACUGAGCUUGGGAUAUUUUUUAAUCAAUAGGCUUUUUACUAUUAAAUGUACAGCAUGCAUUUUUCUGUGUAUGUUUAUUUUUAUAAAACAUCAUAAGGUAUAGUAUUUUUAUUUUGUGGUGCAUAAGUGAUCAAGAGCAUGUGAUAAAUGCUUAAAAUAUGCUAUAUAUAUAUAUAUAUAUAUAUAUAUAUAUAUAUAAUUUUUUUUUUUUUUUAACCUAUUUGUACCUAUUUUGUUAUUUGUAACCUUAAGGAGCUAAAAAAGUGCUAUCCAAAUUAACCUAGUAACUGCUGGCUAAUGCAUUAACAUUAACAUGAAUCCAGUCAUUGAGAAUGGAAACGAUAAGCUGAUGAAAUAAAAUAAAAUAAAAUAAUAUAAUGUUCAAAUAAUACUACUUGGUACUAACCAAGGGUGUUAUCUCAGCACAACUUUCACUGUGGUCUUUAUUAACUGAGGGGUGAGAACCAGAAGGGCGUAAAGUGACAUUUUGGGUAAAAAUGAAGGUAUCAAAUGAAAGCACUUUAUGAGCUCUUUCUACUGGCAAAAGUAUACUGUCAUCCAUGAGUGUAUUAAUUUUUAUUCUAAACACUUGAAAUGACACAAAGUCUGAUCAAACUAUGGUACAUUUUUGUUUUUGCCCUCCUAUAAAGUUAGUGGAUGACGCUUAUGCUAUUCUGAUUCUCACCCCUAGAUUGGUUUCCUUUUCAAUACUAAAAGUUUUGUUCAUUUCCUUUUCUCUUUUCCCCUUCUGCUGACUAGAUGAGGUCAGUGGAAAAAAAAAGAUCACAUGCUUAUUUUUCACAUGAAUACUCAGCUAUGAUACAUUGCAUUGUACAUAUAAAACUGUUGUUGAUUUAAAAUGUACAGUGUUGGUAACACAAAAAUGGUUUUAAACACUACAAACAAGUGAACGCAAAGCCAUAACAUGACAAUGUUAAAAAGUAUAGGACCUUACUGUAAAGUGUUAUCAACGUUUUUGUACCCUGAAUACUUUGUCAUGUCUGAAUGUGCUUGAAUAAUGUGGAAGGGCACACAUGUUGUGUUUUAUCCUCUGAAUGUAUAGUAGCACUGCUUUUCAUGUUAGUUUAUGUCAGUGUGUUUUUGUGUUAUUUUAUUAAUACAGAUUUUGUUCAAAAACCA